GCUUAUUGCUGGUCUCCCAAGGCUUCCUAUUUUUGUUUGCUUUACUCUCUCUAAAAUUUCAGGGAAAAACUAUGAGUCUCAAAAUGCUUAUAAGCAGGAACAAGCUGAUUUUACUACUAGGAAUAGUCUUUUUUGAACAAGGUAAAUCUGCAACUGUUUCACUCCCCAAAGCUCCCAGUUGUGGGCAGAGUCUGGUUAAGGUACAGCCUUGGAAUUAUUUUAACAUUUUCAGUCGCAUUCUUGGAGGAAGCCAAGUGGAGAAGGGUUCCUAUCCCUGGCAGGUGUCUCUGAAACAAAGGCAGAAGCAUAUUUGUGGAGGAAGCAUUGUCUCACCACAGUGGGUGAUCACGGCAGCUCACUGCGUUGCAAACAGAAACAUUGUGUCAACUUUGAAUGUUACUGCUGGAGAAUAUGACUUAAGCCAGACAGAGCCGGGAGAGCAAACUCUCACUAUUGAAACUGUCAUCAUACAUCCACAUUUCUCCACCAAGAAACCAAUGGACUAUGAUAUUGCCCUUUUGAAGAUGGCUGGAGCCUUCCAAUUUGACCAUUUUGUGGGGCCCAUAUGUCUUCCAGAGCUGCAGGAGCAAUUUGAGGCUGGUUUUAUUUGUACAACUGCAGGCUGGGGCCGCUUAACCGAAGAUGGCAUCCUCUCACAAGUCUUGCAGGAAGUGAAUCUGCCUAUUUUGACCUGGGAAGAGUGUGUGGCAGCUCUGUUAACACUAAAGAGGCCCAUCAGUGGGAAGACCUUUCUUUGCACGGGUUUUCCUGAUGGAGGGAGAGACGCAUGUCAGGGAGAUUCAGGUGGUUCACUCAUGUGCCGGAAUAAGAAAGGGGCCUGGACUCUGGCUGGUGUGACUUCCUGGGGUUUGGGAUGUGGUCGAGGCUGGAGAAACAAUGUGAGGAAAAAUGAUCAAGGAUCCCCUGGGAUCUUCACAGACCUUAGUAAAGUGCUUCCCUGGAUCCACGAACACAUCCAAACUGGUAAUCGGAGAAAGAGCUCCAGAGCCUGGUGCAGUGAGCAGGAUGUCAUAGUCAGCGGGGCUGAGGGGGAGCUGCACUUCCCAGAAAGCCUCCACCUAUAUUAUGAGAGCAAGCAGCGGUGUGUCUGGACCCUGCUGGUACCAGAGGAAAUGCAUGUGUUGCUCAGUUUUUCCCACCUAGAUGUUGAGUCUUGUCACCACAAUUAUCUGUCAAUGUAUUCUUUAGAAGACAGACCCAUUGGAAAAUUUUGUGGAGAAAGCCUCCCUUCAUCCAUUCUUGUUGGCUCUAAUUCUCUAAGGCUGAAAUUCGUCUCUGAUGCCACAGAUUAUGCAGCUGGGUUUAAUCUUACCUAUAAAGCUCUGAAACCAAACUACAUUCCUGGUUCAGGUUGCAGUUACUUAACUGUCCUUUUUGAAGAAGGUCUCAUACAGAGUCUAAACUAUCCUGAAAACUACAGUGACAUGGCUCACUGUGACUGGAUUUUUCAGGCCCCCAAACAUCACCUAAUAAAGCUUUCAUUUCAGAGUCUGGAAAUAGAAGAAAGUGGAGACUGCACUUCCGACUAUGUGACAGUGCACAGCGAUGUAGAAAGGAAGAAGGAAAUAGCUCGGCUGUGUGGCUAUGAUGUCCCCACACCUGUGCUGAGCCCCUCCAGCAUCAUGCUCAUCAGCUUCCAAUCAGAUGAAAACGGGACCUUCAGGGGCUUUCAGGCUACAGUCUCCUUCAUUCCUAAAGCAGUAUACCCAGAUUUAAACAUCUCCAUAUCAGAGGAUGAGUCAGUGUUUCUGGAGACAUGAGAUGUGCCAAAUGGAGAAACCAAUGUUUCUGGCCAAGGGGCACCAGUGACUGUCGGUAAACCACCAGAAGCUAGAGGAGAGGCUUGGAGCAGACUCCUCAUCACAGCCCUCAGACGGAGCCAACCCUGCCAACACCUUGAUCUUGGACUUCUAGCCUCCAGAACUAUGAGACAAUAAAUUUCUGUUGUUCUAAGCCA